AGCCGCCUGCAGGCACCAUGCUGCGCACCGGGGCCAAGUACGCCGUCAAGAGGAGGAGAAAGCCGGCGCGGAGGAGUCCUAAGCCACUGCCUCCAGAGGGAGCCAAGACCAACCCUUCCAAAAGGCACCGGGACCGACUGAAUCAAGAGCUGAGCCGACUCACCAACCUGUUACCCUUCCCCGAGGACGUGCGUGCACGGCUGGACAAGCUGUCCGUCCUCAGGCUGAUCGUGGGCUACCUGAAGGUGAAGGACUACUUUGCAGCAACCCUAAAGGACAACAAUGCAGGCUGCUCAGCUGACCCAGCCAUGAACCCAGGAAGAAGUGAACAGACCUUUCCACAAAUCAAUGUAGAUUUGUUUUCUGAAGGGGACUUGCUUCUUCAGGCCCUCAACGGCUUCCUCAUGGCAGUCACAGAGGAUGGCUACAUCUUUUACGUCUCUCCCACAGUCCAGGACUACCUGGGAUUUCAUCAAUCAGAUGUCAUCUACCAGAGUGUGUUCGAGCUGAUCCACAAGGAGGACAGAGCCAUGUUCCAGAGCCAGUUACGCUGGCCUCCAGACACAGCAUCAGUCAGCAGAGAAGCAGAUCCGGACACCAGCCCUCUGCCUGGAGAGAGUUCCCUCCCACUUAGUGGCACCCCUCCUGCCAGCGUUCAGCAUCUGCCCUUGGAAGACCCUUCCUACCUGGAGAGAAGCUUUGUCUGUCGAUUCCGCUGCCUGCUGGACAAUUCUUCUGGGUUUCUGGAAUUGAAUUUCCAGGGCCAUCUCAAAUUCCUCCCUGGGCAGAACACUAAGUCAGAAGACGGCACCUUCUUGUCUCCUCACCUUACCCUGUUUGCCACUGCAACACCUCGUCAGCCUCUCACCAUCCUGGAGCUCCAAAACAAAACAUUUAUUUUCCAAACAAAACACAAAUUGGAUUUCACACCUAUAGCCUGUGAUUCCAGAGGGAAGGUGAUUCUGGGCUACACCGACAGCGAGCUCUGCAGGAGGGGAUCUGGCUACCAGUUCAUCCACGCGGCAGACAUGAUGUACUGCGCCGAGAACCACGUGCGAAUGAUGAGGACGGGCGAGAGCGGGCUCACGGUGUUCCGGCUGCUCACCAAGCAGGGGCGCUGGCUGUGGGUGCAGUCCAACGCGCGCCUGGUGUUCCGCGGCGGCCGGCCCCAGUGCAUCGUCGCCCGACAGCGGGCCCUCACGAACUUGGAGGGGGAGGAGCACCUGCGCAAACGGGCCCUGCAGCUGCCGUUCACCUUCACUACGGGGGAGGCCGUCCUGUAUGAGAGCAGCCUCCCAAGCACCCUGACUGCCCUCCCAGCCAGGAAGAGGACCAGGGCUAGGAAGGGUCUUCCAGCUGGCCAGGACUCUUCGUGCCCCGGAUCUCUCCUUGGAGCCAUGAUGCAGCAAGAUGAAUCCGUGUACUUGUCCUGCAUUGCUCCCACCCUCCAGGGCUCACCCUUCGAGAGGCAGGGGUCUGAUAACAGAUGUGAGGACAAGGAAGAGAAAGAGAAGGAGGAAGGCAGCUCCCUCCUGGCCCUCAUCGAGAGCCUACUGGAGAAGGACAAGGAAGAACAGCCUGACCUUUGCUCCACCCUCCAGCACCUGGCUGUCACCAAUCUCAACCAGCGUCUGUGGGAAGAGAAGCUUCAAGGAGCUGACUCGGGCCCUGCAGGACCUCAGAACUGCCACCUGCCACCACCCAGCCAAGGAAGAAAACUCCACAGGGAGAAGGAGACCCAGUUCUAUGACACUGGGAACGUGGGCUUGCCCCCACCAGCCAGCGUGACUUCUCCACAGACCCUGAAUCCACCAUCUUCUCAGGGCUCAGCCCAGCUAGCCACAGAAGUAACUCCACCUCCAAACGUGGGCUUGGUGCCCAGCUACCCUCAAGCACAUCCCCAGGAUUGUCUCAUCACAGGUCCUUCUAUCCCUGGCCCCACACUCCAGAACCCCCUCCAGGGCCCCCCACAGUGGUGGCCUCGGUACAGCCAGGCAGUGCCUUCGAACUUUGAGAUGUGUCAGAAGCCAACAUUUGACCUCAGCCCACUGCCUCAGGCCUCCAGCCCAAGCCGGCCUGCUCAGGGUUUUCAGCCAAGCCACGCACCUUUUCUCUCUUUAGGAGAAAAUGUUCCUGGACACCUGGCUCCACCAGGCCCUGGUGUUCUGAAUUUUUGCAAGGAAUCUAUGCCCUGGACCUCCAUACACACUGGUCAGGGCCAGGGGUCCUUGAUCCUCUCAGACCCCACUUUAUGUGUCAACCCAUGUGGUACCCACCGUUUGGGCAGCAUUUGGGAUUCCCCCAUCCAGGGCCACCCAGUUGCAGUCCCCAUGGAGGUGAUGGCAGAGCAGAAAGCAGGGCAAGCCCAGCCUGACCCCUUCAGCUGCCCAUGGAUGGCUGACCCCUGCCUUCCAUGGACACGGCCACCCAGUCCCAGCUUGUACAGAGGUCAGCCCCCGUCUGUGCAGAGGGCACCUGGGACACCAGAGGAAAAAUCUGGAGAAGGAGAGCAUCCACCCCACUCUCUGGGGCCAAACCAGCUUUCCAGGAGUCCAGCCUGUCCUUCCCAAGUACUUCUGCCUGGAUCCUCAGCCAUGCGGGGCUCUUACACUGCAGACCCCAACCCAGCCACCAAGCAGCAGCAGUGGGUGCAGGGGGUGCUGCAGAGCCAGGAGCACUGUGGGCAGGUGAGAGAAGGGGCACCACGUGUCCAUCACCAGGCUGGCCACCUGAGAGACGCCAUUCCCCAGGCUCCUCAGCAGAACCCCUUCCCCUCUCCUGACUCUGCCAACAGCUCCCCACAUUCAGGUGGCAGCCACUACAGCAGCCCAGCAGAGCUUAUGAGACAAGUCAAAGACAGACCACAGGUGCCACCUAGCCUGGCCCAGCCUAUCUGCCCCCCUGACCUGGCCUGGCCUCCCACGUCCAUGCAGGGCAGCUAUGACAUUAGGCUCCGGGUGGGUGUUGGUACACAGGGUCUCAGAAAACCGGGACCGGCAGGGAAGGGCACCCCACCACACUGGUCAAGUACAGAGCUGCUGGCAAACGUGGACAUGUCAGGGCCUUAGCCCAGAGAGACAGUACAAGGAGGGGCAAUGGAGCUGGCCCAGCCUCGGCUUGGGAUGCUGUGGGGUCCAGAGUGGGGACACAGAGAGAUUUUGCAAAGGUAGCAGGUUACUGCCAUGUGGGUCACGUGAAGCCAGUAGUGGUGGCAGCCACAGCCCCCUGGAGGGCCCCAUUUGGUGUCUCCUGGGCCAUUGCUGAGCAGCCUAGAUGCUCCCCAUAAUGUAGCCUAGCUUUGGACCCCCAGAACUUGAAUUAGUCAUAGAUUUGAAUGUGGUCCUCUUGCAACUCCCUGCAUGCACCACUUCCAACACCCCAUGCAGAGACCGGCACUUCUCCUUUGCCUGGUGCUGCUGGGAACUGAGGCCCUCUGUAGGCAUGAAGUCUUCAGGUAACUAACUUCCCCCAGAAAUGCAGCUUUGGAUGGAAAUCACAUGAGAGUGCUGCUGCUUCCCUCAGCUCCUGUCGUGGUUUCUGGGUGAUGCCCUCAGGACUGAGCAGGGAUGUAUAGCUGUUUCCCUGAACCCUAAGUGGCCCCAAAUAGCCACAUCUUGGGUCCUCCCCCAACUUUGCUGGGUUUUCUGUCCCUUCUCAUUGGACACUGCAACCCCUCACUUCUGCUUUCGGGGAUCUCAGGCUGCCCAUCUCUAGGGUCCCUGCUCACUUCUCUUCCCAGUGUUUUGUUUUCAUCUGUUGUAGGUUAGAAAAUCUGAAGACCAGAUUUGAUCAACUUUCCUGAAACCAAAAUAAACAGAUUCCUAAUCAAAGCCUGAAUAAGCAAGUAUCAAUUUUAGACUCCUCGAACUAACCCUCUUCUCUUUUCAGCAAAUCUGUUCUUACUCAGUUUCCUGUUUUCCUAACAGCGGUGUUCCCAAAACGAAGGCCGCAAGAUGGCACUGGGGGUUCCAGGCCCAACACAAAGACAUUUUUCUCCCAGGUCUGACGUAAGAUGAUGUCGUGCUUUGCACGUCUACACAAGAGAUUUGGGGC